CACGCCAACAAAAGCUAAAAUAUAUAUUGGUAAUAUAUUGGCCAGAAAAUUAACACGAAAAUGUCCACUAGCCGCCGCUUGGCCAAACGCUCAAUAAUUGGCACCAAAGUGUGCGCACCCGGCCCCGACGGCCUCUGGUACUCGGGCGUCAUUCAGGACGUUAAAACGCCUACAUCCAUGUCCUCCACGCCGGAGCCAAUGCCGCCGCCCACCUUCCUGGCACCGGGCGAUGCCCAGUUGAACGCGGACACGCGCUAUAUUGUUCGUUUCGAUUUCAAGACCCAAUCGCUGCCGUCUGGCGUCGCCGCAAACGCAUCAGGGUCCGUGUCCUUGUCCGCGUCCGGGUCUGCGUCUGCAUCCUCGGAAUCGGUUAUUGUGGAGACGCGACGCGCCGCUGCCGCCGCCAAUGUGCACAUCAGUCCGGCUCAGGCAUUGCGCCGCAACGCCAUGACAAAGGAGUUUCGCGAAUCGGAUCUUAUCGGGCCCGGCUUUCGAUCCAUUAUGAGCAUACAGCUCCAGCCCGGACAGCGCAUCUUUCUCACCUACAAUGGACGCGAACAGAGCGGCGAUGUGGUCCUGCACGAUGUCGCCAAAGAUGAGGUGGUCGUCAAGAUAACCCCAGCUGGAAAUGAGGAACCCAUCGAGCUGAAGAAGCGUUUGGAGGAAGUGCGCCUGCUGGAGUCACGGCGCUCGGCUCGUCUGGCCGAUCAGGAUCGCGACACGGACUUUGCUCGCCUGGCCGACAUGGGAGGCGACCGCCGUCGUACCACACACAGUAUUGAGGUGCCAUUGACGCCACUGACGCCGCCGAACAACUCACGGAAGCGUCCGCCAAGCGACUCUUAUGAUUGCAGCAGCGAUCAAUGCAAAGUGGACGAUAUGAAUGAAUGCAAUGCUGCAUUAAUUUUAAUGAAUCUACACAACUCGCCGCAUGCCGUUUCAGACAAAUGGUUGGGCUCCAGUCCAGGCAGCAGCUCGUCAGCCUCUUGGAGCUCUGGCUCGGCCUCGCCGCCGCUGAGCGAUGAUGGAAAUGUGCUGCACGGUCACAUAAUUUUGUCGCCGCAAUGUGCGGCCAGUGCAUCGGCGAAUGCACGCAUACGCACAACCUCGGUAUCCACAUCAGAUGAGGGUAUUGUCAUCGACUUCAAGGAGGAGCGCAAGAAGAAGGUGAGUAACUUGACACAUUGCGUUUAAUUGGCUGCUCUGAACUGGCUUUUGGUCUGUGAGUAUUGCGAUUAUUUUGUAUAUAACGCAGUUUCAUGAGAUUUAUCACUCUUGCUAUUCAGUGUACAAGUAUUUCCGUGUGGGCUUGAACACCUUGACAGGUACAAGCCAAUGCUUAACAUGUACGCAAGUACUCUUAUUUAAAUGUAAAUGGCUCAGAAUCAAUGCAGCUGAGCUUGAAAGUGAAUUUAUUUGUACGAGUGUCCGUAGUUGUUGUUGAUUGUUUAGAAAGGUUGUUUCGUAGCAACCGAAAUCUGAAUUCUUUUUGAAAGCUCAAAAGUUUGUUGCAAAACAUGAAGAAAAAAAUAAACAAAUAUGAAAAAAGAUACCAUUAUUUCAGCGGCAAACAUUUUCAUGACACUUAAAUUUGUCUAGACGGCAAUUAUUUGCAUUCAUUUGUUGCCUGUCUUUAUUUCUAUCACUUUUCGCUUGGUUGCUUUGGUGACCAGAACAUGUUUCAUUUAAGGGGCUGAUGCUCUUAACGAAAUUCAAAGCUCACUUAGAUACAAUUUAUAAAUAUAUAUUCGUGUCAUUAGAUUCACAUCAACAUUUGAUGCAUAAAUGCGAAAGAUUAGUCCACCAAAGGAUUACCAAAUUGUAAGCCCAAAAACAAACACAUUGCAGAGUAUUUCGUUGUCGCAAUACGUUCGAAUAUAAAUCCUUAUUUAUUCUGCUGGCUAUGCUGCAUUUUAUUUAAUUCAUAAAUUACAAUUUCAAAAGCGUACAAUCUGGUAAAAUACAGUGCUGUUGCAUAAAUCAAUUUGAAAAAUAUUGCAAGUUACAAAACAGAACAGAAAAUGAAAAAGGAAAAAAAUUGAUGACGCGCUGUUCCGAUUCCGGUUUACCGUACCGCGCCGUAUUCGAAUGUAUUUUUGUGCCGGACUUUUACGCAUUGACAGAAGCUUUUGGGCCAAUUAAUUGCAAGCAUAAAUCACAUUUUUCUAGUUGGUAACAUUUUGUUGCCAGCAAAGCAAAAAAAUAUAUAUUUGUCGAAUUUUAUUGCAUGGUCAACAAAGUGAAAACAACGUGAUAUCAUAGAUUCUAGUUGCCAAAUUUUAGCCUAUUAAAUUGCAAUUCUUGUUUCCAUUUUAAUAUAACUUAAUUUAUUGCUGUACUAGUUCUUAUCAAUGUGCGUCACGAAAUUAUUGCAUUUUUCAAACCGCAAUAAAACAAACAGCAAUACGUAGCCCGUUAUAAACAAAAUGAAGAGAGAGUUCCUGGAAUGGCAAGUCAAAUAUGAGGGGCCAAGUAAUUAGUCAUGAGACAUUGUCCGGCAAUUUGUUAACCUGUUGACCCCCAGCGCCUGUAGAUCCACCCACAGCCGACAAUUUGCAAAAGACGCGCAUCUUGUUUAUUAUUUUGCUUGCAUUUUGUUUGUUAUUUUCCUGACAUUUUCAUUAUUUUGAUUCAGUUGCCUUCUCGCUAAUAAGUCAGAGAUACCCGCGAGCAGCACAGAUACAGAUACAUUCACACUACCGAUACAGAUACAUACAUAUGUGUUUAUAGGCGCACACACCUACAGCAAAAACCGCUGGCCACUUGGCCUUGGAAUAGGUUGAUUGCAUUCUAGCGGUCAAUGCCGUCGCCCGCGUCGACGUCGCUGCUGGCGAAGGUGGCGGCAGCGGCGGCGACGGCGACUAACAACAACGAAAAUUGAAAACGAUCGCCGCAAUUUCUCUCUCGCACCUUGGCUGUUAUCCCGCUCUCAAUCUGCUCUCUCACUCUCUCUCUCUCUCUCUCUCUCUCUCUCUCUCUCUCUCUCUCUCACGCAAGCUCUACCUGUCUCACUCGGUCUUAAGAUCCCGUUGCGCUGCAAAGACUGUCGAAUUCGUAUAUCCGCACGUACUUGUAUUUAGUAUAUUAGUAUACGU